GAUUCCCCGUUUGCGGCCAAUCCAUAAUCAUGCCAUUCUCAACUAUUCAACAACCCCCGCGCCCGGCCAAGACAAGAUCUAUUGCAUGCCGACGGUGCCACUCCCGUAAAAUUCGCUGCUCGGGCACUCAGCCAUGCGGAAAUUGCCACAACGCGUCAGAAUGCGUUUACCCGACGCGAGACCAUCAAGUUAGAGUCAACCAAAGUUAUUUAGACCGCCUCAUUCGAGAGAAUGAACAACUUCGCCGCUUACAAUCGCCAGGCAGGGGUGUGUCAGGACUGUCUGAACAUUCAGAGACCCAAGAGCCAUCGCAAGAUGAUGCACCUGGUACUGUAGAAACCACCAUAAAUCCAGUUCUGCGAGACAGUCCCUGGUUUGAACGAAUGGAGACAUCAGAGACGCCUAUCUGGAUCGGCGAAAUAUCCGACGCUGCCUUUGCUACGCGAGUCCGUCAGCUUAUUACUGCACCUGAUCCCUCGAAUCACAUUCCUCGCACGCAUUUUGUUCCAGACAAGACUCUCUGGUCAUUAUCUCCGCCAAUGCCGCCUCCAAUAUGGCCUUCAUCUAUUCGAGCACAAUUCCUUGUAAAGACAGCCUUGCGAGCACUUCGACGGAGCUUCCAUAUUGUCCGGCGUAGUGAAAUUUUUGCUGUGCUUGAAAAGUGUACAGACGCUAACGCUCGCAGCCAGAUUCCAUUGGCCAUCAUUUCUAAGUUAUGGGCACUGUUCGCUCUUGGGGAACUGUACACCACAAGAUGUACCCGUGCAGAAGAAACAUUUCCCGGGUUAUCUGCAUUUGUGUAUGCUAGUCAAGUUAUUCGUGUUGUUAGCGAAAGACCACAUCUCGACGUUGUCGAAACCAUAUUACUGCUUGCACUAUACUCCCUUGAGGUUAACCGUCGCCAUUCAACAUAUGUAUUGAUUGGUACCGCCAUGCGGUUGCAGAAUGUCAUGGGUCUUCACCUCAACAUUGAUCGCAACCAUAUAUCAGACGUUGAAAUUCGAGAGCAUCGCAAUCGGCUCUGGUGGACAACUUUUGUUCUAGACCGAAUGAUUUCUUCCAAGACCGGAUUACCACUUUCAAUUUCUGAUCAGGAUAUAAACGUUGAUCUGCCAUCUGAUGCAUGCCAGGAAAACCGCGAAGAUUUUAUGGAACACAAUUUUCUCAUCAUAACUGUGAAUUUAGCGAAGAUAGCAGGGAGCAUCACCCAGUUGGUGUACACCAGAAGAGCCCCCAAAGAGCCAUUCUUUGAAAGGGUGCAAACCAUCAAUGAAGAGCUACAGCAGUUGUCGAAUACCAUAACGCACCAAAAUCAGGUUUGUACAGACCAAAAAAUCGUUGAAACCGAGUGUUGGGUCAAUUUACAACUCUCAACUAACCAGUCACGUAUUGUAGCUAGCCGACCUGUUCUUCUUUACAUUUUCUGCCAUCACAUUGCAACACACAAAAAUCUCAACAUCCAGACGCGAGUUCCUGAUUUGGCGCAGACUUUGGCCGAGUCUUGUGUCCACUACGCUCGGGAGUCGUGUGAUUUGUUAUUAGAAUGCUGGAGUGAUGGCACCUUUGAUACCUUUAAUUACUCCUUCACACAAUACCUGUUUUCUUCCGCUGUCGUUCUGGCGAUAUCAAGUUCAAUUAAGUCAAAUGAUUCCCAGAGUGAUCUAGAAAGGUUUCAACUAGCUACUAGCCUUCUUGACCGGCUUGACCAAAACGGUAAUUUUGCGGCGAAAGAGUUUUGCUGUCACAUCCGAAGUACGACAUACGUUCUUCAAGCUCUAAUUCACCAGAGAGAAACGGAGACAAGUCGGACGAUUCCCGAGGCGUCGGUAAACUUGACUAGAACGGACAACGAAAAUUCGCAGGCAUUUGGCGAUCAACUAGGCCCUGAAGCAACUCUACAAUAUAUAAGUGGCGAUCAGGCGGCUCUAAAUCUAUCAUUCUUGGACGCGUUUUUGACUCAAGAGGAGUUGCAGCAAAUAUUUCCCGUUACCUUGUAAGCGGAAGCAAAAUGCUUCGAGAGAUUGUAUUUUGAAUAAGCGAUUUCCCUAGGGUCAAUAUCUGGUGAUACUUAGUGUUCCGACAAUAAAUUCAAUCCUGAAAGAUACCUUAUCAAAAAAUAAUAAAAUUAACAAGCAAAUCUCUUUCCAAUUUAGUUGUAAUAUAUUAAGUUUUCCAAGUAACGUGAAUUGAGCACGAGGUUUCAUACAUCAAGGAAAGAUAAUUUGCUUAUGUGACCCUUUGUUCUCCCUGGAUAGUAUUGAUAGUAUAGAGUAUCCGUAACUAUCACAUGAUAUAUAAUCACA